CCCAAACAGGGUGGAGUCCUCCCUGGUGAGUUAGUGGUCAGGCUGACUUCCUGCUCUUAGCUGUGGGCCACAACUGACAGUCUGGAGUCCUAUGUGGAGACGGAGGGACCAGAGCUCACUCUCCUAGGUCCCAGGCAAGAGGAACAGCUUCAGCAGCAGGAUGUCCACAGAACAGCAGGACCCAGAGAAGACUCCCUUUGAACUUACAUUCCUGUACUUCAAAACACAAAAAGUGAAAAUUUCUUAUGCAAUACAAAGGCCAUUUCCUUUUCUUGAGAUCCUCCGUGACACCGAGCUCAUCACUGAGAAAAUGUAUGAUGAUUUUACAGAUUCCUGUAUGAACCGGGUCCCUGUAAAAAGAGUGGUCUACAGAGCCCUGGAAGUACUGGAGAAGAGAUUUGACCUAGAGGUUCUGAGGGUACUGUUCAGUGAAGAAAACAUGAAGGCAUACCCUGAUUUGGAAUUCUUUGCCAGAAGUUUUGAAAAUGUCUCACAGAACAAAUUGUGUUUCCAUGGAAGUGAUAGAGGGUACCCGAAUUCCCAGCUAUGUCUUGAACAAGGAACUGGUGACAGCUGUUCUGAAGAAAGCCUGACUUAGUCACCCUCAGAUCCCUCCUCAUCUGAUGGUCUAUUCUGAUUGACUUUAUUAAUGUUGCUCUCUCAUCCUAUGUGAUUUAGUUUAUUUUCUGUUGAUGUGAUGAAACAACAUGACCAAAGGCAAUUUGGGGAGGAAAAGGUUUAUUUUAUCUAACAGCUUAUAGUCCACCAUGAAGGGACAUCAUGAUAGGAACUAGAGGCAGGAACCGAAGCAGAGUCCAUGGAGGAACGCUGCUUACUGGCUUGCUCCUUGUGGCUUGCUCAGCCUGCUUUCAUAUAUAUCUAAAGAUCACCUAUAAAAGGGUGACACCACCCACAGUGGGCUGGGCCCUCCCAUGUCAAUCAUUAACCAAGAAAAUGUACCCACAGACUUGCCUACAAGCCAAUCAGAUGGAAGAAUUUCUCUUGAGAGUCCCUCUUCCUAGAUGAUCUUAUCUUGUUUUGUUGACCAAAAAUACACACACACACACACAAAAAAAACCCAAAAAAAACAAAAAAAAAAAAAACAAAAGAAAACGAAAUAAAGCAAAACUAAUCCGCACAGCACACAAGUGGGUUUCUCUUUUCUUGUGUUUCUGAUGCUCACAACAUUAUCUGCAUUUGUAGUUUCUCCAUGUUCAGGAUUUAAAUAUUAGGAUCUUUGUCCUCUGGGUUGUCUAGAAAUAUUUCAUCUUCUGGAUAUCUUGCCAAUAUUCCUGAAUUCACAGUUGUCUGUCUGUGCAUUGCUUGACUGACUAGAUAUAGCCUACAUGCUCUGAUCUUAUGUCCAGUGGUCAUUGCAGAGGUGCGAUGAGCACAUUCCUUCUGUAAGGCAAUGAAUUUUCCCCUUCGGGUUCAGCUCAUAGACCAUGAGACAACUGGACCUCCAAAUGAUACCUCCACUUGCCAUCACCAGGGUAACAGGUUGAGAGUUCCUCUCUAGACAAGAUAGAUCACUGAAAAAAAAAAAACUUGAUGUCUUAUUAAUUUGUUUGUUUGAUUUUUUUAAGACAGGGUUUCUCUGUGUUGGCCUGGCUGUCCUGGAAUUUGCUCUGUAGAUCAGGCUGGCUUUGAACUCAGAGAUCCACCUGCCUCUACCUUCUGAGUGCUGGGAUUAAAGGCCUGCACUACAAUGGCCUGACUCCCUUCGAUGUUUGAAUCAAACCCUUGAACUUCCUUAAUUUAAUCAAAGUUUAAAAUAUUUCUUAUUUAAACUAUUCUAAAUUUGAGACAUUGAUUAUAAUAAUUUUCUUUUCUGAUAAAUUAAUAUAGGUAUUCUUGCAUUUCUCUUCUCCAUAACUUUAAAAUGAUGAUGUAUCAUCCCAUUUUUCAGAAGAUACAGUUCAUUUCAGGGGAUCCAAUCUUUCACCUAACUAAGUAUUUGGAUUCAAUUGUGCUUUAAGAUCCUGGCAGAUUAGGAAUGUCUGGGUUGAAAUUCUGUCUCUGUGACCCUAGACAGGUUAUCCAGCCUCUCUGGACCCUGGUGUCAUCUCCUAUAUGGUGGGAUGUGACAGUGGUACAUGCUCCAGAUGGAUGUCAGUGACAUAAUGAGAAGCAUUCACACUGGUGUUUGGUACUCCAUCUCUGUUGUGUGCAUUUCUUGUUGUUACUGAUUCACUGACCAGUGUCAUUUGUACCUGCUUCCAGAAUCUAAGCUUCUCACAUUGCAUUAAAUGGGGAUUUUCUCCUCUCUGGAUAUCUAACAUGGAUAGUCACUAUGAAAUCGAUUAUU